GUGCAAGUGAGCAGUAACCUCUUUCCCCGCAGAUGCGACUGAGGGCGGCUGACUUGUUUGUCCAAUCGUGUUCAACUUGAAGUUGAAAAGUUCUAGUAGAUUGUCACACUGUCGCAAACAUGCUCAUGGUCGCUUCGUUCGAGAAAAGAAAAUGAAAAAGGUGCUUUACGUUUACGUGGUCGAUUAUAGAAGAACGAGGGUGAGGGUACGAGUCUAGUACGCGAAAGAACGGGGACGAGCGACUCGAAAAACUGUAGAUUGAAAACAAAUUGAUUGGCCUUGCCUUUGAUAUCCUCGAUAGAUAGUAUCCACUUAGCCUGAUGCAAGGGCAGCCUCUGCCUCCUGCACUGCAAUCGUCUGCCAGAUAGCUGCCAGAAUCCGCCAAAGUACAAAGUCUAAAAUUUAGAUUUUCUUUUUGUCAACAUGUCAAGUGGUAAGGUGCAGGGGCCUAGCACUGAAACAUGGUCUAAAGUGUCAUAAGUCUUAAGCGCUGAGACAUGGUCUCAAGCCAAGUCUUGCGCUUGAGUUUUUAGUAUCAUAGGGUGUCUCCCUCGCGCAUUUGGCGUCCCCCAGUCCUUGGCGGAUGGGUCUGCCCCACCCUUCGGUCGGGUUGGCGUCUCUUUUCGUUCAGUCGGGGCAGCCCCUAUGUUCAACUUGCUUCGCCUGUGCAGGUUCGCCCAUGCGUAGCUCUUCUUUGUCCACAUUAGUGGGCAAAAAUAAAAAACUUUUCUUCUUUGCUCUUGUUGUGCCCAAAAAUAUAGAAAAAGGAUUGCCGAUGCCUAUGAGAAUUUGGGGUCGGUCGGAUCUAGGUCCGACCUUUGUCUCGGGGACUAGCAGUCCUGUCAUGCGCCUUCAUCGAGAGAUGAAAUAAAUAGCGACAACGUAUAAGUACCCGUAUAAGUACCCCUUGCGGGAUACCUCACCCUUCCACACAACCUCAAAAUCUGCCAAGCCAUGACGAUGAAUUCGUCAUGCCAAUUAUAAGCCUCUUAGUCUUCUAAAUCUAACUGUAUUGAUCACAUUUUCUGAAAAAUAGAGAUCGAUCGUAGUCGGUGGAAAAGCAAUAUGCAUAUUAGUACUUAGUUUUUAUUAUGCAUAGUAUUAGUAAUACUAGAACAAUAAUAAUGUCACUAACACGACUAUCCCACACUUUUGAAAGAUAUUAGCAGAAAAAAUUUUGGGCUUGACAGUGGGCACAACUUGUAAGUAGUACUUUCAGUACUCUAUCCUCGAGCAAGAAGCACUUGCACACUAGUACUGCUAGUAUUUCUGUAGUACGUGUACGUGCAUAAAAAACUCACUUACAACUUCUACUUCUACGGUCUGCUGAAAGCAAGAGCAGGUGGUCCACUACUAUCACUAUCUCUAGAACAAGAAUUUCUUGUUCAUCUAGAAUUUCUACAACGAACAACAAAACAUGUCGAAGAUUUUUUUCGUUUUCGUGACACUUCUGGUGGUGACUACAACCAGUGCCCACGCACUAAACAACACGAUCCAGCGAGAGAGAAGCUUAAGGCUUUCGUGAAAUAUCCGCAUGCAUGCUGUCAUCAAGUAGACCAAGGAGAAGGCGAUAGGCACUAGAGGCAGAUAGGAUUUUGGUAAUUUGUCUUUGUCGUUUUUUGUCAUUAUUUGACUAGCCCCCUAUCUACGAAAACAAAUUUUUACAGUAGGGCCGUGAGACUGUGCUGCCAACAAUCUACUAACUUAAGAUCAGCAAGUAGAGAAAGGGAAGACGUCGAGAGCGCUUACGCUUAUCGCGAUCUCGUGGGAAAUUUAUUUCAUCAUCAUCUGUCUUGUGACAUUAGGGUUUCGGAAGAGUAUUCAAAUCAGACACGACGAGACACAUGCACACGCAGAAGAUGUAUUUGAAUUUGUGAGAUUAUCGCAUCUGUAUCCGAAUAAUGAGGAAAGUAUAGAAGCAUCUUCUAACAAAAGCUGCGGGCGCUUUUUCGUAUAUGUUGCGAGGAUCCGAGCGUUUGGGGACCUCUUUCCUUGAAGAGGGCGAGAACCAUGAGCAGUUCUUAGCCGAUAAAAAGGUGGAUCUCAAGACUGCUGAGGCGGAACAGGAAGUCCCCGCUUCUUAUGAGUCUGAACGUACUUUUCACUCCUGAGAGUCAAUAGAGACAAUAGAUUGCAAUGCUGUAGAUGUGCGUGUGUUGGUUGUGAUUGGUCAUUGGGCUCCAUAUUACGUAUUUGUUUUUCUGAAAAUUUAGUUGGGCUCCAGUAUAUCAACAACCGUUGCAGUACGCAGUUGCAGAAUUUUAUUUUUUUCUACAUACGUUCUUUCUAUCUUUCGAAGUUACUCAUUAAGUUGCAGUUGCAAAUUACGUAUGGAUUUCUCAAUAUUUUCCUGAUUUUUCUUUUUUGAGCUUCGUUUCACCGAGCUGCUAAAAAAAAUCAAAUUUCAUUUUUAAACAGUUAAUAAUACAGAUAAUUUGUUAGGAGCGAAAGCUGUCCUGCAUAAUUAAUUGUUCUCGAUCUUAGGUGAUUGCGCAGAACGGAAGACAAGACAAGACUGUGUGGGGCGGGUUUCGAUAGCGAUCCCGAUAGCGCGUGUGAUACAGACAUGCCGGUGGGUAUGGCACUGUGAAAAUGGCUGCUCGUCGUAAGUAGUUGCAACGCAAGAUGCUAGUCGAAACACUAAACAGUUGCACUUGUUCCUCGUCAGGCGAUGUUCGCCACUAUAUUCAUCAUUCGCGGCACUUCGUACCUCCCAUACUAAUCUUUAAAGAGUCCGAAAAGGCGUCGUGGAAGUAAAGUGGAAUAUCUUUCGGUCGACACACAAAUCCAAAAAAAAGCGCAAGGAAAUAGAUAAAUUGAAAAAGAAAGUAUAGCGACUGCUGAACUUCUCGUCACGCAUAUUUAUUAAUUUAUCAAGUAGAGUCUUUCUCUUUUCGUCAUCGUCUUUCGUCAUUUAUUCACCUCCUAUGAAAAUCGCUGUAAAUUCUCAUCGUUUUUGUUGGGUACUUUUACUUCUACAUCUACUACUUUCAUUUUAUGAUUUAUGUAAACUAACGAAACUUUCUACAACUAGCAAUUAUACUUCUCUUUUUUCAACAUAAUUAUGAGCUAGGGGCAUGCCCCAACUCAAUCAUCUGCACAAGCAUCCAACCCCCCAAACCUUGAGACAGCUCUCUCCCCCCUUCCCUUACCUCUGCAAACUUCGGACCGUACCCCGUGAAGGGAUUCGCAACUACUACUACUCCUACUACUACUCCUCGGGCCUGUUGUUUUCGGUUCUCAGCAUAGUGGUUGAAGCACUGCGCUCAACUACUCCGGAUACUACUACCCCUACUCCUACUCUCUCCUACUCCUACCGCUACUGCUACUACUACUGCUACUACCCCCACUAGGGGAGGGGCGCGCAACUCGUAAGGCGCACAACACUACCACCACUACCACCACUACCACCACUACCACCACUACCACCACUACCACCACUACCACCACUACCACCACUACCACCACUACCACCACUACCACCACUACCACCACUACCACCACUACCACCACUACCACCACUACCACCACUACCACCACUACCACCACUACCACCACUACCACCACUACCACCACUACCACCACUACCACCACUACCACCACUACCACCACUACCACCACUACCACCACUACCACCACUACCACCACUACCACCACUACCACCACUACCACCACUACCACCACUACCACCACUACCACCACUACCACCACUACCACCACUACCACCACUACCACCACUACCACCACUACCACCACUACCACCACUACCACCACUACCACCACUACCACCACUACCACCACUACCACCACUACCACCACUACCACCACUACCACCACUACCACCACUACCACCACUACCACCACUACCACCACUACCACCACUACCACCACUACCACCACUACCACCACUACCACCACUACCACCACUACCACCACUACCACCACUACCACCACUACCACCACUACCACCACUACCACCACUACCACCACUACCACCACUACCACCACUACCACCACUACCACCACUACCACCACUACCACCACUACCACCACUACCACCACUACCACCACUACCACCACUACCACCACUACCACCACUACCACCACUACCACCACUACCACCACUACCACCACUACCACCACUACCACCACUACCACCACUACCACCACUACCACCACUACCACCACUACCACCACUACCACCACUGCCACCACUACCACCACUACCACCACUACCACCACUACCACCACUACCACCACUACUCCCCCUACUACUCCUCCUGCUGCUACUACUACCGCCGCGGCUACUACUACCGCCGCGGCUACUACUCCGACUCCUACACUACUACUGCUGCCGCUACUACUAUUAUUGCAAUUGCUGCCCCUCCUACUUCUGCAAAUGCUGCUGCUACCACUACUACGACUACCACUUUUACUGCUACUAGGAGGCACUUACUACAACUGCCACUACAGUAGUGGUUGCGCUACUCCUACUGCUAGCGCUAAUACUAAGAAUAGCCCUAGCCCUCCGACAGCUACCACUACCACUAGUGCUAUGAGACUGCGUUGCGCAUUCAUUACGCCAGUCCUUUAGUUUACUUAGGGUCCUGAAGGUAAGUAGAUGGUCCCUAAGUUGUAACUGCUCAGUAAAUCGGCCUGGGCAUCGCCCAGUAAGUAUCUCCUAUAUCUACUCCCCAUCCUCACGAUGCUCCCAGUAAGAGGGUUAGGACCUUUUCUCUCGCUGUGCCCGUGCGUACACUCCUCCAGCCCCUUUUCACUUCUAGCGCCUGUGCUUAUCAGUCACCGCCCUCAUCCCGAGCGGAAGCUGUUUGUUUGCGUGAAGAAUAGAGGCUGCGAUCCGGCCCACACUGAGCACCACGCGCGUGGGAAAUAUAGUGAGAUAAAUCUGCCAUGGCAGCCUGAGCUUAUGAGUGAAGUAGUGCACUCGCCUAAGAUGGUAAUAGCAAUAGGCGCCUAAAGUGUCCAAGUGCUCACAGUUGUCUGAAAUCAAACUGGACCAAGCACGCGGGGGGCCUUGUCCUUCUGUCGAGCACUCUUUUUAUUUGUCUCGCAAAGCUUUGCCCUCGUUUUGGCUUUUUGGCUUUAUUCAGAUCUUGGGCUUUUCGCUUUGGGCUUGGCCUUUGAUUUUGAGUCUCGGUUUUGAAUUUUGCACAAAAGCAAACGCAGCGGCAAAACCGCAAAAGCGCGCAGCGCUUUGCUAUGCUCAAGAAUUGCGAAAGGCCGCAAAGGCAAAUUCUGAAAAAUAGGGCGCAAAUUCUGAAAGUUAGGACAUAAUUUAAACUCUGAAACUUCAGGCAUGAACUGCGAGGGUUAGACUUUGAAUUUUGAGCGCAAGCGAAUAACCUCGGAAAGUCAAGACGUGAACCGCGAGAGCAAAGCUCGAGCUGCAUGAGCUGCGGGACAAGGCUAGGAGAUGAAUGCUGAAAGGCCGGACAUGAGUGGCGCAAUUUAUUGCGCUAAAUUGGAAAGCCAGCGCGUGGGCCUUGAAAGCUAGGGCGUGAGUUUUGAAAGCUCCGCGCGAAUUUUGAACGCUGGCGCGUGAGCUCUGAGGGCUAGGGCGUGAAUUUUGAAAGAUAGGGCGUGGGAUUUGAUUUGGAAGAAAGUAGGGACGGGGGUGCGAAAAGUAAGGGCGUGAAUUUUGAAAGCUAGGGCGUGGCCCUUGCGAGUUUCGUUAAGGCGUGAGCUGUGAAAGCUGCGGCGCGAAUCUUGAAAGUUAGGGCGUGAAUUAUAAGAGCUCAGGCGUCAACGUCAACCUUCCCGCCCCGCUCUCCUCUUGCCCCUUCCCUGGGCUCGCGCUACCCGAUGGACAGCGCGAGGCGGCGGCCAACGGCAGUCGUGUCACUUGUUUGCAGCGCCUUGCCCGCGCGCCAUGACUCAAAAAAGGCAGCGCGCCCCUAGCUACAAUUUUGAACCCCAGGCAGCGGACCCGCGUGGCCUCUGGAAGCCUCAGGCCCCUGCGGAUGGGUCUGCCCCUAAGGGCGUGCUCUUGCUUAUGUCUUCCGCCUGAAGACAGGCCCGCAGGUGAGUCCGCCCCUUUCGUGCGUAAUGCACCCGCACAAGAUCGCGCCGCGCUGUUAUUCAAAUCUAACGCAGUACUACUUCAGUCACCGACCAUCCUGCUCGGUCAGAACCUUUUUUCGGCUUCUUGUCAAAUCUGGCGCCUGCUGAAGGGUAUCCACGUGUGCCGACUUCUUUUUUCUAGCAAGUGUCUCGGGCUCCCACGCGUCGCACCCUUCCGCCGGGGAACCACGCCAGGGGGCUAGGCUAGGUUGACCCAAGACCGCUCAGGAGUUUUUUUGCUUCUGAUUCCCGCUCGCGCGACCAUGUUAGGCAGACCACUCGCCUAUAAGGUCGCUUUUGCGCUUCUCACUCGACUGGCCCCAGAUCUGGGUAGCUGUAGCAGUUGUGUCCUGCUGUGGCGUAGGUUGUGGGGGUUAUGUCGUACGCUGUGGGAGUUGUGGGCUCAGUUGUACGAAGCAGCCCGAUGAAGAAGGCGCGCUUUAUUCUUUGGCCGUUCGAAUUUGAACACCAUGAGGCUCCGAAGAAUCGCGUGGGCUUUAUCGUGUUCAAAUUCGAACGGCUUGGGAGUACGCCCGGCCCUUUUCAUAUGCUUUCCGCCUGCGCACAACUCGUCACAGCUCCUUUCGCAACUUCCACAACUUUCAGAAAACAGUCGCCACAACUUAGGGCACAGCCUCCACAACUCGACUCCCACAACUCAGGGCGCAACUGCCACAACUUUCCACACGCUUGAAAGUAAUAAAGUGCAGAUUUUUCGUAGGGUUUUGGUCUUUCUAACAAUACAAGUUGGACUGAGGCGUCGUGCGAGGCUGCGAAUGCGUCUACCGAAGACUGUUAAGAGAUGUUAGAAAAAUCCAUCCUGGCGCCGAAACCGUGGUAGGAUUUCCACUAGGAAACAGACCGGGGACUUCUGGCGCGUCCGGGAUGACAACGGACAACAUCUAAUAGCAUGACUUGGUAUGCUGCAAGCUGAUAAGAGUGGGGGAUAGGACGACCUGUAGCGCGCGGACGCGGUAGUCGGGGCCCAAAUGAUAGGACGUCGUGUUGAAGACACGCAGAAAGAGCAGAAGCGCGAGUUCUUGAGUUCGAGUUGUGCUUGUAAGUAUUUAAUUUCAAUCGAAUACAAAUAGAGACAAUAAUAUUAAAAAAUAUACUUAAUGCAUUAAUAUAAAUAUAUAUAACGAUAACCAGGAGAGCUUAAAAAGAUAAAGAACCUAAGAUGGAAAAUGCACAAGGUCCGAUCACCAAAGGUUCUAAGAAAGUAGCUAAUAAAUAUGCUCCUUCACAACUUGUUUGAACAUGGCACUGCGGAUGUCAUUGCUUGCUACUUCUUUCAGGAUAUAAAAUGGCUUAUACGAACAACUACUUACGCUAGAAGAAAUCUGCUUCUUCAAGUGAGCCUACUGAAAUGAAACGGACAAAAUCUUACGCGAGUCUAUCGUUCAUCCAAAAUAAAAUCAACUUGAUGUUGUAGAAGCCCGAUCUCGACAUCUGAAUGGUCCAAUCUCGUCAUCAUGAAAAGUUUAAACUCAGCACCGUUGUCUCUGUCCUUCAAGUUCCUUACCACUUUCCCCAAAUAAAUAGGAGAGCAAUACUGAAUAUGAUUGGAAACACCAAGUGGAUCUUUCUUGUCAACAGGGCCUGCGCGGCCUCCCUUUGUUUCCCGUUUCGCCCUAAAAAAAACCUCACAUUAUUAAGGCAGAAGAUCCAUUAGGGGAGGUGGACGAAGAAGACCGGGAAGAUAGACGAAGAGGAACAAGAACUGUCAGGUCACGGACCUGUGUGAGCCAGGUAGGAAUAGAGCGAGUUGCGAUGGGGGAAU